AUUUGUUUAAUGAGGUAAUGUUGACGCGCUUCGUUGACCUUCUUCUUUACUUGCCAGUGGAUCUUCCACGCAGUUUCCACUAUUCACUUUCUUUUAAGUUUCACAAUUUUCAUUCAUCUUCAACUCAAUUCUCCUCUUCUUACUCACACAACCACCAUGAAUCUUACUCAAUCAUUUAACAGUGGAAUUGUGCAAGCACCCUUUGUCACAAGCUCUUCUCUUCUUUCAAAAACAUGGGAUGCUAUCUCCUCACGUGAUGAAGAUGUGGUUCCCCACGGGGGUAGGGGAUUGUUCUGGAAAGUUCGGGAGGAAUCGGAUUUGACGAUUGUGGUGUUUGAGGUCAGGAAUGAUUUUGAUCCUCAGCAGAAAUUGGUUUCUUCUUCUUAUCUCAAGGAGAACAAUAACUUCCACCGCUUUGAGUUUCUAUGUACCAAGAAAAUUCCAGAGUUCUCUGUUAAUGAGUCUGCAGUUUCGCUAGUCAUUGACAAUCUUGAGAAGCUUGAUGAGUUGAAGUCCAAGAUUAAUAGCUCCCAUCCCUUGAUUGUUACUGGACAUGGUGUUGGAGGAGCAAUAGCUUCUCUCUUUACUGUGUUGCUGUUAGAUAGAAUUGGUUCAGGAAAGAAACGUCCUCUCUGCAUCACCUUUGGUUCUCCCCUUAUUGGUGACAAAAAGUUGCAAGAAGCUAUAUGGAGUUCAUCCUUUCUACAUGUUGUCUCUUGCAAAGACUCACUUCCCAAGAAGUUGAAUCCCCACCCAAGUGCUUACAUACCUUUUGGGAUAUUUCUCUUCUGUUCUGAUACAGGUGCUACUUGUUUUGAGAACCCCGAGUCUGUUUUGGAGCUUCUUGUGAGCUCAAUCGGUGAUCAAAGUCAAGGUUUUGAGGUCGCAGAUUAUGGAAAACUUGUCCGAAAUCUCAAUCGUAAAGCAAUUUGCAAGGACUUUACCCCACGGGGACUGAACUUGACAAAUUCUACUUCACUGAACGCAAGUAUCUAUUUGCAGUUGUGUGCAGCACUGGGAUUGACAUCUGAUAUGCAGGAGAUACAACACCAGAAGAUUGAUAUAAAUGCUUUGGCAACAAAGCUGGAAACACUGGAGAAAAAAUUCAUGUUCCAGAAGAAGGAGAAAUUUGAUCCAUCCAAGAGAUUGAAUAUGAAGAAGAUAGAGAUGGCAAAACUUGAAUGGUACAAGAAGCAUUGUAAAAGUCUAGGUAUUGGGUACUAUGACUGCUUCAAAAAGGCCGUCUCAACAAUUGACCAAGAUGCUGUUCAGUGGCAGAGAGAGCUCAGAAUCUACUGGAGUAAGAUGGUUGAAGAGGCAGAGAUGAAACCUCAGACAGAAGCUGCAGCUUUUCGUACUCGCUGGCUUUUUGCUGGAACUAACUUCAGGAGAAUGGUUGAGCCCCUAGACAUUGCUGAAUACUAUGCAAAUGGUCUUCGUAAGGACUAUGAGGCUAAAGGAAGGUCUAGACAUUAUAUAGUGUUGGAGAAGUGGCUGGAAGAAGAUAAGAAACAAAAAAGUGAUUCAAACGGCAACACUAGAAAGAAUGUGGAAUUGAUUUUAACCAUUGACUCUUGCUUUUGGGCAAAACUUGAAGAGGCUCUCCUUUUGUGUGGACAGUUGGAGAAUUUGAAAGAGAAUGAAGAGGUAAAAGGGAAGUUGGUUGACUUUGAGAAGUAUGUUUAUGAAUCACUGAAAAGGUAUGAAGUGUCACCAGAAAUUUUCUUGAAAGGAAGCAGUUACAUGAGUUGGUGGAAUAAGUAUAAAAGAUUUGCUGAUAAUCAUAGACUAGCAAGCUUCAUGAGCAAUCCUCAGCAUUUUGAUCAGUAUACUGAGGGAGCCUAUUUCUUCUCCUGAAGAAUUUAGGGUUUAGGGUUUAGGGUUCAUGAGCAAUCAUAGACUAGCGAAUGCAAAGUGUGGUUGGCUGUACAAUAAAUUAUGAUUUAAUCAUUCUGCAUUUCCUUUGUUGAUUUUGGUAGGGAUCUUUGUUUUGUCAUCCCUUGUGCUGUCUUAUUGUAAACUCUUGCAGUUGUCUUUCCCUUGUAAACUUCCACUCUCAUUGUUCUGGAAAAUUUGAGUGUAAUGGAAGCAUUGUAACGCCCUAACCUACUUUGGAGUUACAUUAUUACAAAUCAUUUCACCAAUCAAUCACUAACA